UUGUCCGACCGUAUGCUCGCCGAUAGGUUCGAAUUCAUUCAGGAGAUCGGAUUUGGAAACUGGGGGUCGGUCUGGUCGGUCAGACCUCGCAAGUUGGAAUACCAUCCGUUCCACCGACGACAGGACGACAAGUUCCCGCCUGUCGGGGCUGCCAUCCGCUCUCAGCAUCACAUGGAAAAGGUAGCGGUCAAGUUGGUCCACCGAAAGAAGGAACCCACCACCGCGGCUCGAGUUCGCGCGCUCUGGAGCGAGAUGAAGGUGAUCAGAACGUUGAGGAUGGACCCGCACCCCAGUAUCAUCGGGUUCGACUCGUUCAUCAUCACUCCGAGCUAUGCAAUCGUCACCAUGCCAUUCCUUUCCCAUCUCAUGCCAGUGGGCAUUCCUGAAGAAACCGCCCGGUCGUAUUUCCUCCAGCUUACAAGCGCGAUCGCCUACCUGCACGAUCGCGGAAUCACCCACAACGAUAUCAAGCCGGCCAAUAUCCUCCUGUCUCACAGCGAUAUCCCCGUCCUCGUGGACUUCGGCUUCGCCCAGAGAUGGGACCUUACCAAUACCGACGGCCGGGGGCCAACUGAAAUCAGCUGGGGAACUCCUGAAUACCUCGAUCCACCUCGUGCGAUCGGUCAAUGGCAUGAUGAACGACUUUCGGAUGUGUGGGCACUUGGCAUCACAUUCUUCGAAAUCUUGGCCUCAAGGACUCCCUUCGAAGCUCAUGCCAGCGAAGAUUUCUCCACGCAAGAGCAGCUCAACGUCUAUUACGAACGGACUCUCCGCGGAGAAUGGCUAGGGGAUUGGCAGAUGUCAAACUCUAUGGAGCGUCUUUUGAAAGCGAUGAUCUGUCCAGACCACCACAAACGGUUGACAGCCUCGCAGGCGCAUCGUCAUGUCGCUCUUCAACCUCAGUACGGCUCUGAACACAUGAGCACCCCUCCAUUCGUCCGAACUGCCACAGGUCAGCACGAUCACAGGGCUAAACGACGUAGGGAGCCUCAACCAAAGGCCAAACCUGCAAAAAGGGACAAGUCCGAGAACGUCGCGCUUACAAACGCCAACAGAUUUGGAAGUGAACUUGGAAACGCCGCUCACUCGCCUGCGCGGAACGCACCCAUCCGCGCCAGCGACCUGCUCACCCCGCAGAAACAGAAGGCUUCGGAAAAGAUCUUGGUUGUCACUCCAAACAGAGAUCCCAGAGAAUCCAAAGCUUUGCAUGCAGAGCCAGUCGUCAGCAGCUCAGGUGAGCGCUCGCCACCUUUUGCGAUGGAUCCUGAGGAACCGCAGGAGCAACCCUCUGGCCGUUCGAGAAACAACGCAAUGUCUACCAUCGAGGCGCUCGGGAGGGCAGAGGUACCCACAGAGUCUUCUACACAGGAACGUUCUACAGCGGAGCAAAAACUCAAGAAGGUUCGAUCUUAUGGUAAGUCUUUCAAGUAGACUCGACCGUUGAGGACUCGCGCUUGACACGUCUUACUUGCGCAAAAAGACGUUCUGCGAAAACAAGCCAGUGUUGCAGACGAAGAAGAUAGCGCUGUUCAACCGCAAACGAUAAGAAGGCCUGCUUCCGCAAUGGCAUUACGAUCCAAAGACAGACACAUCUUGGAGAAUGUCGGCUUCGAAACCAAGCAGCACAAUCAGGAAUCCACUUUAGCUCCGGGCAAGAGGGAUCGUUGUGUUUCUCAGCACCGCCGUCAUACCCGGAUCGUCAGUGAGGGUUGUCUUAGAUCGCUCAUUGAUACCCCAAAGGUGGAUUUACCGUCUGAGCUCGACGCGCAAGGUAAGCACAGUCAAAUCUGUAAAGCUUAAGGCUGUCCGGAUCUGAUUCUUUAUCUUGCUAUCUUUAGCCACCGGCCAGAUUCACAAGCAAGAGGCAGAAACACUUUCUUCGGGCG